CAGUCCUUCGCUAUAGACAAUGUUCCCUGGUUCAGGUCAUCACUCUUAUAACAACUACGGGCCACCACCCAACCAAUACAGUUACCCUCCUCCACAGGGUGCUCCGCCUCAAGGAUACUAUGCCCCUCCUCAGGGCCCACCUCCUCAGGGCUACUAUGCUCCUCCACAAGGCGCGCCACCUCAACAAUCCAACUACCAACGCCCACCAGGACCUCCACCAAGCGAUUCGUAUCAACGUCCACCAGGCCCUCCACCAAGUAAUUCGUACCAACGUCCCCCAGGCCCUCCACCAUCCAACUCCUACUCUCGUCCAGAAGGUCCACCACCAGGUGACUACGGCAGACAGCCAUAUCAACCCCCACAAGACUCCUCGUUCCAGCGACCACCAACAGCACCACAAAGUUUUGGCCAAAAUACCGAUUUCACAUUUCAGUAUUCCAACUGUAGCGGAAGAAAGAAGGCGCUUUUGGUCGGGGUAAACUAUUUCGGCUCCCGUCAGGAAUUGAAAGGAUGCAUCAAUGACGUCAAGAACAUGAGUAAGUUCUUGGUGGACAGAUGGGGAUACAAGUGGGAAGACAUUGUCAUUCUCACAGAUGACCAACGAGAAAUGGCCCGUGUCCCCACCAAGGCCAACAUUAUCCGUGCCAUGCAAUGGCUAGUCAAGGACGCUAGACCCAAUGACUCGCUUGUGUUUCAUUACUCGGGCCAUGGUGGUGUUACUGAGGAUCAAGACGGCGAUGAAGAGAGCGGCAUGGAUGAUGUGAUAUACCCUGUGGAUUUCGAGCAAGCGGGACAUAUAGUUGACGACGACAUGCAUGCCAUCAUGGUUAGACCCUUGCCUGCUGGUUGUAGAUUGACUGCGUUGUAUGACUCUUGUCAUUCCGGUACCGCAUUGGAUUUGCCUUAUGUUUACUCGACCAAAGGUGUUGUGAAGGAACCUAAUUUGUUGAAGGAUGCUGGUUCUGGUGCCUUGAAUGCAAUUUUGCAGUAUGAAUCAGGAAACUUAUUUGGGGCAAUUUCUUCCAUUUCCAAUGUCGUCAAGAAGGUUUCCAGACUGGGUAAUACCGAUUCUGAGCAAAUUAAGAAGAUGAAGGCAUCCCCAGCUGAUGUUAUUUCCAUUUCCGGCUGUAAGGAUGAUCAAACUUCAGCUGAUGCGAGAGAAAAUGGUACUGCUACUGGUGCUAUGUCGUGGUCAUUUAUUACUGUUUUGACCAAGUAUCCUAACCAGUCAUAUUUGUCCUUGUUGAACAAUAUGAGAACUUUAUUGAGUGAAAAGUACUCGCAAAAGCCACAAUUGAGUUCAUCCCAUCCACAGGACAUGAAUAUUCAGUUUAUUAUGUAGAUUUAUAACCUCGUUUAGCGUUGGAGAUUCAUGACGUAAAUUCAAUGUCGCGACAUUCCCAAAUC